GUGUACAUCCAGAGAUGCGCUCGAAUGAGCUCCAAACGUCCCAAGUGGAGCAUGGCGCAGCGGCUGAGGAGGCGCUCAUUAAAAACUACGAAACACAAGUGGAGCUCUUCAAACAGGAGCGCUUGCGAGCCAUGGAGAUUUGGCCCACAGCACCACAAGAUGAGGACCAACUCCAGGAGCUCUACCACAAGGUUUUCACUGAAGGACACCACCAAGACGCCAUGAUGCAGCGGUUCAAGAAUCAGCUCCUUGAUUUUAUACAGCAGACACGUAAACUCAGAGCGACCACUCAGGAAAUGCAAUGGGAGACUGGAAGACGUUCCCAGCACACCCUCACAAUGCGUUUGAGUCUGCCAGGUCUGACCAGCAUCCUCCCCCACCAUCGGAGCCAACUCACCACCAGAAAAACUAAAGAUGAUCUGAUAACUGCCAGAGCCAAAACAGAGGAACUGACCAGAGAACUACAACGUGUUGAGCAGCUGAUAAAAACGAAGGAAGAAGAUGUAGCAGAGCCUUAUCGCCGUGAAGAGAAAGAACUUCAACAGCGUCAGUGGAUCUUCAGCCAGCAAGAGGAAAAACCUAGAGCUUGGCUAAAAAGUGCUUCUGAAGAGCAACCUCCGUGGGAGAUACAGAUGGGAACCCUCCAGGCCCAACGUUCUGCACUGGGGCAGGGGAAGUAUGAGGCUUAUAAAGUCCAUGAGAGAAUCCAAAUGGCUGAAGUGCCUAUGCUGGUGAAGCAGGAUGGGGUUAAGACUGUAGUAGGGGAGAAGGCAGAGAGUUUGGAAAACAAAGACAAGGCCAUCCAGCAGUUGAUCCAGGAAGCUGCAAUCCGCACCAGGCUGGAGAUAGACAACGUCCGUGAACAGUGCAACAUCGGAAUCCAUGGAAUCGCGGAGGAGCUGUCACAUUCGCAGAUGAAGUGUGCAGUCAAAGACUCUCACAUUGAGAGGUUGAAGCAUGAGAGAAAAGCUCUACAGAAAGAAUUGGACAAGGCGAUUAGAAACCGGGCUGAAGAAGACCUUGAAAGGACAAGUGCUCUUCACCACAGGUGUCUAAAUGCAGAGAGGAUGAAGGACGAUAUGAGCAUCACGCUGAAAAGCAUUCAAAGUAAACUAAAAAAGUUUGAAAUUGACAGCAGUGAGGAGCUGUAUCGCAGCCAGGAGGAAGUGCAGCGUCUGCAGGGAUGUUUGGCAGCAGCAUGGAAGGAUCGCGACUGUAUCAGUGAGGAUCGACUCCAGUUGCAACAGGAGAACUUGCGUCUCCACAGGGAGAUGGAUGAGCUGCACAGAACUACCUUGAUGGUCCAAAACAAGGCCAGACAUCAGAUAUUGCAGAUGGAGCAAGACUGCAAGUUGAAGGAGCAGACCUUCCAAGCCCAGAUGAUGAUGCUGGAGGAGAGCAGCCGUAGCUUGAAUGUUGAUCGCAGACAUCUCCUCUCAGCGCAGCAGAAAUGUCUUAAGCAGUCCAAGGAUGAGGUCACGAACAUGGCAAAGGCUUUUGAAGCCAAGAUUCAACAUCUCACGACGGAGACGCAACAACACAAACAGCGAUUAUACGAGCUUGAGGUCCAGCAGUAUGAGAGUCAGCUCGCAGAGUAUCAGGAGAAGUCGGUUAGCUUGCAGAGACGUUUGACGCAUGCUGAGCAAAGAGCAACGACUGCAACACAAGAGGUUUCUCACGAGACUGCUUUAUUGGAAAAGCCAUAAAUUUAUUAUUAUUUUUUUUUAGAUUUGCUUUGUUCUGGAAUCCCAACAAACACUUUUUGGGACCGCAAAUUGAAGAUGUGAAAGCACACUUUCAUACAGUGCAACGAAGUAGCUGACUGACGUUGGCGUAAACAAAACUAGCCGUUGCUAGCCCGUUACAUAAGGAAAAGGGUGUUUACAUCAUACUUGCCAACCCUACUGAAUUAUCCGUGAGAUUCCCGAAUUUCAGUGCCUCUCCCGAAAAUCUCCCGGGGCAACCAUUCUCCCGAAUUUCUCCCGAUUUCCAGCUGGACCUGAGUGAAGUCAACCUGUCACGUCCGCUUUUCCUCCAUAUAAACAGCAUCCGGCCCAGUCAUGUUAUAACAUCUACGGCUUUUGGAGCUCAGUACGCAACUGCACACACAACAAGAAGGAGACUAUUAUUUAUGUCUCUGUUAUCCAUCGGUUUAUCUAUAACCCAUAAAGUAGGCCGGCACGGAGCUAUUUCUCGGCGUGUGUUUAUUCCAGCCGGCACAUUAAUACACUGACACGCAACAUCCGGAUUCUCAUCAUGCAUUGCUUCAAAAAUACGGCAAGUAGUAAUGUCCAAAAACAUAACAGAGACAAAGCAAAAGAACGAAGAGGAGACAGUCAUGGCGAAGACGAGUAAGAAGAAGAAGUACGCUUGCAAGUUCCAAAAUGAUUGGAAACAAGAAUUUCAGCUCAUCCAGGACAGAUCGAAGGGGAAGGAGUAUGCUAGGGAGAGAUGGAAAAUCCCAGCCUCGGCAGACUCUGCACUUUUGUGUCGUGCCACACAGCAAUGCAUCAUCAGAGAGGAUGUUCAGCAUGGUUAGAAAGAUAGUGACAGAGAAUAGAAGGAGGAUGGACAAUUCAACCCUAAACUUACUCCUUUCCUGCAAUUAAAUGUCACAGAUGCUGCCCAUACCUAUGCUUCUUCAGAGGCUGUGCUACUGGCUGCAAAGCAUUGCACUUUCAAAUACAACAAUGAGUAGAGGAGUGUUAUGUGUGUGCUUAUGUGUAAAUAUUCAAGUAUUUAUUUUAUUUAUGUAUAUAUAUAUAUAUAUAUAUAUAUAUAUAUAUGUAUUAUAUAUAUAUAUAUAAGAAAUACUUGAAUUUCAGUGAGUAGAGGAGUGUUAUG